AAAUACACGAAAGCAAAUUAAAACAAAAUUAAAAUAAAAUUAAAAAACAAAAAAUCCUUGUCCUCAGUAAACUGUUGUUCCCAAAAACCUGAAACCGCCGGGAAUGAGUUGCUGAUGAGAUUCCCCCUCCUCCGCCGCAACUACCAUCACCCCCAACUGCCAAAACUGUCAUUCAUGGCUUCUAACACUACUCAAGACCCAAGACCACCACCGCCGCCGCCGUCCCAAGAAGAAAACCUUGACGACCUCAUCUGUUCGUCCGGCACAACACUUCCUGAAGGGAGAGAAGAGAAGGCGAAUGAAAACGGAAACACUUUGGGUCAGCCAAAUGGGUACUUAAGCGGGGAGGCCCGAAUAGAGAGGGCUUGGGCCCACUGGAAGAAAUUAGGUCGGCCUAAAUUGAUAGUUGCUCCCAUGGUGGAUUGUUCUGAGCUUCCUUUUAGGAUGCUUUGUCGCAAGUAUGGUGCACAGGGUGCUUAUACGCCAAUGUUGCAUUCUAGAAUCUUCUCUGAGACUGAGAAGUAUCGCUCUGCUGAGUUCACCACCUGCCAGGAGGACCGGCCGUUGUUUGUCCAGUUCUGUGCAAAUGAUCCAGAUGUUUUACUUGAAGCAGCUCGAAUGGUGGAACCAUUUUGUGACUACGUUGAUAUCAAUUUGGGCUGUCCUCAGCGUAUUGCUCGAAGAGGUAAUUAUGGAGCCUUUUUGAUGGAGAAGCUCCCUAUUGUUAAAUCUUUAGUGGAAAAACUGGCUCAAAACCUCGAGGUACCCGUUUCUUGCAAAAUCAGAAUCUUCCCAAAUCUACAAGAUACAAUUAACUAUGCAAAAAUGUUGGAGGAAGCCGGGUGCUCUCUUCUAGCUGUUCAUGGCCGAACUAGAGAUCAGAAGGACCAAAGGAAAAUUCGGGCCGACUGGAGUGCUAUUAGGGAGGUUAAAAAUGCAGUCAGGAUUCCAGUUCUUGCAAAUGGGAACAUUAGACACAUAGAUGAUGUUCACAGCUGUUUGGAGGCAACUGGUGCAGAAGGGGUACUCUCAGCUGAUGCUCUCCUUGAAAACCCAGCCCUCUUUGCUGGGUUUCGGACCCCUGAAUGGGUAGAUGAAGGUGAAGAAAGUUGUAAAGACGGAAAUAUAGACCAAGCAGAUCUGCUAGUUGAAUAUUUAAGACUUUGUGAAAAGUACCCCGUGCCAUGGAGAAUUGUUCGGGCCCACGUCCACAAGAUGCUCGGGGAGUGGUUUCGGUUGCAACCGGAAGUGAGAGAAGAUCUAAAUGCACAAUCGACACUUACAUUUGAGUUCCUCUAUGGCUUGGUGGAUCGGCUUAGAGAGCAAGGUGUUAAGAUUCCGCUUUAUUUGAAGGACAGUACUAAUACCGUAACACGUGAUCCAAAUUCAUCAUAAAAUUCAAGGUGCGUAUUUAUUUUUUAAAGAGUAUACUAUUCAUCUUCAUCAUACAAUGUGGCCUAGGAAGAAGAACACGGAGCCUCCAUUGUUUUUUGUGUAACAUUAGUUUACAACAGUCAGUACUGGGAACACAUAUUCACCCGAUAAGAUUUUCUUGCAUUGCUUGAUGUAUCUAACCAAAACAUUGAUUUCCUACUUGCAAAUGUAUAAUCAUAUGAGAUUGUUUUUGUUUAA